AUGCGAUUCCAACAUCCAGUGAAAUUGGCAAGCAUAUGCGGAGGGCGCAGCCAAUUUGACCGGGAAACUCAGUUUCAGCCAAAGGUCGUGUCGCUGUGCAAUCUCAGGUUACCAGGCAACAUUCAGAUCCUUUGGGUGCUGUGCUGCAGGUGGCUGAGGCCCGGCAGUGAGCGCACCGCUAACGGCCUGACCGGUAUUCGCCCAGCUGACGUGCUGGCGCAAUCAGUAUUUCUCAAGCGAGCUCCAGUCUUUACUUCGUGUAUAAACCCAUUCAAGAGUCGAUUGACACAGAUUACUAUACUCUUGCAUUCAAUAAUUCGCAACUACGCGUCUGUUACAAUGCUUUCUACUCAUUACAAGCCCCAAUGGAAACCCAUCCUGCAACACGGAUACUUCCAAUAUGACCAAUGCUGUGGAAGCUCAGAGACCUUCAAAGGCACAUCAUCCUCUCUCCAACUUAUAAAUCGCAGAUAUCCAACAGACAAUGAGGUGGAUCCCCAGCUCGACUUGACGCAGUGGCAGCGCUUUGAGUACUACAUUAGACAGCUGAACAAUAUAUCUUCGGGCGUCAAAGUUUAUAAAGUCAUGUUCCUCACGACAUCGUGCGAAAGCCAGCACCAUGUCAAGCAGAGAGAAGUGGGAAAUCAUGAAUGGAGUAGCUACUGGUCGACCUUAUCGGGCAAAGGGACAGCGCGCUGGGCGGAUGCGGGGCUUACAUCGGAAGGCGAAAAGCAAGCGAAACGCAUCGCUGCCUUGUGGAAAUACUCGAUCAAUAGCCUAAUGGUGCCUAUACCGGAAGUCUUUUAUUCAAGUCCACACCGUCGCUGUCUUCAAACGCUGCAGCUAUCGUCAGACUUGCUCCUGCAGCAAUCGACUCGCCCAAGACCUAUCAUCAAAGAGAACUUACGUAGUCAGUACGGUAGACGUACCUGCGAUCAACGCAGCACCAGGUCGUGGAUCAACAGGUCAUACCCGUCCUUUUAUACCGAACCCGGAUUCACCGAGCUUGACGAAUUGUGGAUUCCCGAGAAACGAGAGAGUCACGAAGAGCAGGCUGUCCGAGCUGCAAAAAUACUCGACGAUGUUCUCAACGAUGAAAAGGCUACAUUUCUAUCUAUAACAACGCAUCGUGAUACCGCAAGAUCUAUCCUGAAGAUCACUGGAUUCGACAACAUUAAUAUCACCAGCAGCACGAUCUAUCCGAUAGUGAUCUGUGGGGAACGGGAGAUAAAGGCUUGA